AUGCGGUCACGUGGCACCCCCAAGCUACCCGCAAAGCAGUUGGCUAUUCUCGCAAUAUGCAGAUUUUCUGAACCCGUGGCCUUGACUUCCGUCUUCCCAUAUCUGCCUGAGAUGAUUGAGAGUUUCGGUAUUGAUAAGAAGGAUGUUGCUAAAUGGGCUGGCAUCACAUCGGCCGUCUUCUCUCUUUCGCAAUGCGUGACGGCCAUUAUCUGGGGCAGGGCUUCGGAUCGAUUUGGUCGCAAACCUGCAAUUUUAGUUGCGCUUACUUGUACUAUGGUUUCUACCUUGUUUUGGGGCUUGUCCACAUCGCUUCCCAUGGCCAUGCUUGCAAGAGCACUGGCUGGCGCGUGCAAUGGAAAUGUCGGCGUUAUUCGCACAACUGUUGCUGAAAUGGUUCCUCAGAAGGAGCUUCAACCACGGGCAUUUUCCAUCAUGCCGCUAGUAUGGAGUCUAGGUUCCAUUUUCGGACCAACAUUUGGUGGUUUCUUCGCCAAACCAGCCGAAAAUUAUCCCGGAUUGUUUGGACAGAACAAAUUCCUAAUCAAGUAUCCCUUUGCCCUUCCAAACAUCGUUGCAAGUGCAUUAUUUUUGACAGGAAUCACUGUCGGGUUCUUGUUUCUCAAGGAAACAUUGGAGACAAAAAAGCAUAAGACGGACUACGGCCGUGAGCUGGGCAAGUCACUUGUCUCAGCAUUCAAGGUCCUCUUCCGUCUCCACCCCAAGCCCAAGCCUUUUGGACGAGCUUGCGCUACCGGCGAUGACCCGUCAGCCCCUCUACUUCGAAGAAUAUCCAUCUCUAGAUCUGAAUCAUCGACAGCUUUUGACGAUGAUGCAUUCACCUCAAAGGAUUCUAUGCAGGAGCCACCUCAAUCUCGGCCCACGUUCUCCGAGGUAUUUACACGGCAGAGUGUUAUAAACCUUAUGUCGUACACCUUCCUCGCUCUACACUCGGUUUCAUAUGAUCAACUCCUCCCUAUCUUCAUGCACCACCCCCGUCAGACGCCUGAUUCGAGCAAUACCCGUCUGCCGUUUAAAUUCUCCGGAGGCUUUGGACUCGGAGCAAGUCGAAUUGGCACGUUGUUCACAAUGUACGGCAUUAUCGGCUGCUUUAUACAAUUCCUAAUCUUCCCGCCGGUCGCCAGGAAAUUCGGGGUGUUGAACUGCUUUAAAUGCUGCGCCAUAACAUUUCCUGUGGUUUGCUUCGUCACUCCCUAUACUGCUCUCAUUCAGUCACAUUCUCUGCAGCAAGCCACAAUGUUUAGCAUUAUGAUCGUCAAAAGUUUCGCUGUUAUCUUUGCGUUUCCAUGCUCGAUUAUAUUGUUGACCAACAGUGCUGUAAGCCUACGGAUUUUAGGCACGUUGAACGGUGUUGCAGUCAGUGUUUCGGCCAUUGGGCGAGCCGUGGGCCCAGCCAUCGGUGGUGUAGCAUUUACUUGGGGUUUAGAGAAGGGAUACGUGAUAACACCAUGGUGGCUGCUGGGCACCCUUGCCGCCAUCGGAGCCAUUCCAAUCUGGUAUCUAGUUGAGAUGGACGGAUUCGAUAAAUCGGAAUCGGAUUUGAGCGAUGAAGAGGACGAGAAUUUAUUAGACCCCAUCGACGAGAGUGAGAACGGUGCGAUCCUGGAAGGUGAUGAGGUCCUGACAUAUUACGAUGAUGAGGAGGCCUUGGAUAUUGUGGAUGGGCCUUCCCUGGCACGUAUAUCAUCCAAGAAGAGUUGGACCGGCACCGAAGCCGGUAAUUCCAGCAAGCUCGGAAGUAGCUUCGAGAGUAGGAUGAGUAGUCCCAUCGGAUUGAGAGAGCCCGUUGGUCCAGGUGGGCGAAGGCUAAGCAACGGCCUUGCAGCUAGUAAUUUUGGACAGGGAAUUGGGGGAACGAGUUUCAACUGA